AUGGGUUGGAGUUUUGAAGAGGAUAAGGUAUUUGAAAAUGCCAUAGCAGAAUUGGGUCUUGAGAGCCAAAAUUUGGUUCAAGAGAUUGCCUUAAGAAUGCCAGGAAAGACAAUUGAGGAAAUCCAAACACAUAUUGAUGAAUUGAUGCAUGAUGUUAUGAUGAUUGAAGCAGGUCUUUUAGAUGAAGAGCUUGAUGAUAUCUAUGGUGAUGAUUCCUCAUCAUCGUCGAUGUCCCAUGGUGCACCGCCGCCGCCAUGCCAAGGAGUUGUACCGGGGCAGAAAAGGAAGGGCGGCGGUGUUCGUUGGACUGAAGAUGAACAUGAGUGA